AUGUUUAAAACAUCAUCAUAUUUUAUUCCAACUUGGUUUAAAAAACAAAACUUAAAAGAGUCAACUACAUCAAUUGAUCCAUCAACAAUUCCAAAAUCUUUUAAUAUAUCAAAUGAUGAUAAUAAAUUAAUUAAUAUUUUAAUGAAAGAACAAAAUGAUGAAGAAGAAGAAGAAUUUAUUGAUAUUCAAACAAAACAAUUAAGUUAUGCAGAAGUUGCAUUAUUAGGACAAAAUAAAAAACAAUCAAACAAUUACUUACAAAAAUCAAAACCAUCAAGAGGUUUAAUUGAAAAAAAUCAAUUUAAUGUUUUACAACAUUCAACUUCAACUUCACAAUCAUUAGUAAAAGAACAACCUAAAAAAGAAGAGUUAGAAAAUUUAGAAGAUUCUUUAACUUUUGAACAACAUAAAUCAAAUGAUGAAUAUUCAAAAUCUUUAAAUUAUAAAAAUAAACAAUAUAAAACAAUUAAGGAUAAAAAAUUAAAAUCAAAAAAUUUUAAAAAAGAAUCCAAAAAAAUUAAUACUAAAGAAUAG